UCGUGUCAGAAGAGUUAAUUUCAAGAAGAGUAGUUGUGAAUCAAGAGGAAUAUUUGGAUGUUUAUUUGUUUUGUCUUUUAAUGAGUUAAAAUAAUUGCAGUUAACAUAUAAGUUUUGUAUUUUAAAAGUUUAGUAUUUAAUUAUGCAUCGCUGGACGAAACAACAAAUAGCCAUUGCCGUUCUGAUGGUUACAACUGGUUCUAUCAACACCUUAGCAACAAAAUGGGCUGAUAUAUCAAUGUCCGAAGGAAAAUAUGGCAAUGUCCAUUCUUUUGAUCAUCCCUUUCUUCAGGCAACGGCAAUGUUCCUCGGCGAAUUUUCAUGUUUGGCAGCUUUUAAAUUACUUCUCAUAUACUACAAUAGACGUCGCUUACCUGGAGGUGUCAACGUGAAGUUACCAGCGAGCAUCGAUGGAAAUAGGAAUUUCAAUCCGCUGAUAUUUUUACCUCCUGCCAUGUGUGAUAUGAUUGGAACCUCUGUGAUGUACAUUGGCCUCAAUAUGACAAAUGCAUCAAGCUUCCAAAUGUUCAGAGAAACAGGCACUAAUAUACGUGAACUAAUUCAAGAACGUCAAACAGAGAUGGAAAUGAUUGAACAGCAAAGCAUCCCUCCUGCUGGUGGUCCAUUGUAUUAUGUUGUUAUCGAGGCACACUAUGCUCUGGUAGAAUUUGAAGAUGUCAUUCACCAUGAUGAACAAGUAGAUGUGAAUGGGAUGAUUGGAAAGUUGAAUGAGGACCAACUGAAGGUGUUCAACAAGGUCAAGACUACCAUAGAGGCCAAGGAAAUUCUGAUCUCGUUUGCAAACAAAAUACUUAGGCUUUUUGUUAGUGGGUCUGAUGUUUCCGUUGCAGCACCUACAGGAGAUCUUUUGAUAAUCUGUGGUCAAGUCAUAACUGCUACGCAAAUGGUGUUUGAAGAAAAGUUUAUUACGAAACACAACGUGGCGCCACUGCAGGCAGUCGGUUGGGAGGGUCUUUUCGGAUUUUCUACACUGGCUUUGCUCCUAGUACCCAUGUAUUAUAUCCCUGUGGGCAAUAUGAUCUUCAAAAAUCCUGACGGCAACUUAGAGGACGCUAUUGACGGAUUUUACCAGAUAGGCAACAACUGGCAAGUAGCAAUGGGCGUCAUAGGAACCAUUGUUAGUAUUGCUUUUUUCAACUUUGCUGGGAUAAGUGUCACCAAAGAAAUCAGCGCAACAACAAGGAUGGUGCUUGACAGUGUUCGAACCCUGGUCAUCUGGGUUUUCAGCAUGAUAUUUGGUUGGGAGCACUUCAUCUGGAUCCAGCUUAUCGGUUUUCUCGUGCUUUUGGGCGGCAUGUGGCUUUAUAAUGAUACCACUGUUGGGGAUUUUCUUAUUAAGAAAGGUUUUAUUAAACCAGAUGAUGAUUUGCAUCCUAUUCUGACAGAAGAAGAAAAACCUCAAGCUACCAAUGAAGAGAAAGGAACGUCUAUAAAUACCAACGGCUCUCUUCCACUUUGAAUGUUCUUAUAAAGAGAAUACAUUUUUAUUUAUAUAUAUAUAUAUAUAUAUAUAACGGAUAAAUGUUGGUGUCAGGCUAAGAAAUAAACUUCUCAUGGCACAUCAACAUAGUAAAGCCUGAUAUAUCUCAAAUAAUAAAAUGAGCCCCAUUUUUGGAUACGUCAGAUAGUUUCGAAGGGGAAAUGGGCAAACCAAAUCUCGAUGGAGAGCUAAAAAUGUGUAUUUUAAGAAUCCGCCGGUUGUAGUUUGUUCCCAUAGCCAGUUUUUCUAUAUUCUUCCGUUUCUAUGGUAAGCUGUUUGGACAUUUUGUAGUUCCCUUGAAAGUUUAUAAUGUAGACAUUGGGUAUAUGUGAGGUUUGGUCAGUGUUGAAUGGUAGAUAUUUACACGAUAAUACUAGAAUUUGUCAGGUUAAUGAAAAUCACUUAUAUUAUGUUCGAGAAUCCUUUCUAUUUGUGAUGCCUUAGCGAAAUCUCUAAUGAAUGACAUCAACACAGCAAUAUGAAAUGAAUAUCACUUAUAAAAUGGUAAUUUGCUUUUAAAAUAAAUAAUUUAAAACUAUUAUACGAACCAAAACUUAUGAUAGGCAAUUUGAAUCGUUUUGUAUGGAAUGAUAUUUCGUGAUCUAUUGUAACCAUUCCGGUAUACAUAUAUAAAAAAAUAGUGAUUGUUGCUGCAAUGGAAGUUCAAAUACCUUGUGUUAGAAUAAUUAUAAGUAAAUACAAAUCUCAUCAGAAGGAUAAUGUUUAUCUGUGUAUGUUGACACACUAUAGAAAAACAACGGCAUAAUUAAUGUUUUAAAGUGUUUAUUCAUCUUAUACAAUAGUUGGAAUUAUUCCAUGCCCAGUUCUAAAUGUGUGUUCCACGUUUAUGUCUAAUUGUUUAAAUAUAUUCAUACAUGCCAUCUAAUAAUCCAAAAACCUUAACGCUCUAAUAUAUUUAACCUUAUCAAUAACAUCGACAUACAUUUAUAGGUAGAUUGUCUUAAUAUAGAAUCUAAACCAAGCUCUGCACAUUCAGCUUUGCAACUGCUCUCAUAGCAUGUCCAAAUGUUGUACAUAUUCAAGUUAGAUUGCCAUUGAAUAAAUACACGAUCUCUAAAGUCAUUUUCUAGCUUGUGAUGUUAGUGAAUCUUAUUUUUGCACGAAUAAAAAAUCGUUUGUGUAUGCUUCGCGCUUGGCUUGUUAGUAGAAUUGAAACGACAGCUACGGUGGUGUUCUUAUUUAAUCUCUUUCUCUGUUAUAAAAUCAACGUCAGAACGUUCUUGUGCCAAAGAAUCGUGUAGUUUGUCCCUCUUUAUCUUAGCAUCAUUGAUAAACCUUACAAUACUCACGGGAUUAGCUUUGAAAGGUUUCUCAUGGCUGUUUGUUUUGCAUAUUAUGCAUAUGUUAAAUAAUUAGAGACAUAUUAUUGGAGGUUUUAGCCACUCGGGACUUUCACAGAAAUGUCCAGAUUACAUGAUCUUACAUUAACCGCUAGGUUUGAAUAUUUUAUCUUUAGACUUAACACUUACCAUUUAUCUGUUUGUUCUUUCAAAAACACAUAGAAUGUCCUAACAACAUACAUAAAAUCAUUAUGUACACGUAUUGGUUAUAUGUUCUUUACACUUACAUACUCUAUUAAAAAGUAUUUAUACUAUUAUACGUAGUACUUUAAAUAGAAGUCUGAAGAAUGGAACAUUAUGACACUUGUGCAUAACAUUGUUGCAGAUCAGCAUGAAAACAUAUAGCUGUGUCGUUUACAAAAUAUGCCUUGGGAAGUGAUGAUAUCAGUGAACAAAUUUAAUACUUUGAAUGCUGAAGGCCAAAAGCAGUUUAAUUUAUCUUAAAGCUUGAAUAAUAUGAUUUUAUUGAAACUAUUAUACAACACGUGAUAAAAUAGCAUCAUAAGAAUCAAUAAUACGUCUUGAAAAAGAAAAGACUACAGCUGUCAUCUGGAACUUAUAGGAAGAAUUAUCAUGCAACCAGUUUCGUGAAAUAGUUUCUCAUACAAAGCAUUUUUGUAUUAAGUUCUGGUUCAGAAAUGCUUAAUUAUAUACAGGAUUAACCAAAUGUUAAUCUGUAUUUGUAAACCAUCAGUGGCAAGCAGACACUUGUUCUAAAAUUAUUUUGCAAUGAAUAUCCAGAUUAGCAAUUUGCAAAUGACGCUAAUUAUAAUUGGUUGUUUCUGUACUGAUGCCAAUCAUGGGAACUUUCAUUUGAGCCAUCAUGGACUAAUAUAUCAUAAAUAGAUGUGAUAAUACAGCAUAAUAAAGGAUAUUCUCAUUAAAUUGACAAAAUCCAUUGUAAUCAUGGAAAUGGCUGCAUACAGAAAAAACAAAUUACCAGUGACCACGUGAAACUUGAUUCUUAAAGUACACAUUAUUAGCUUUCCAACAUGUUAAGUGUGCCCAUUUUACUUUCCGGAUUAUAAAGUUCUUUAAAUAUGGCUCUUUUUGGAUGAAUUCGCACAGCUCAACAUUGGUUUUUUCCCCCGAAUCCCUUCCAAGUUAUAUUGAUGGAUUUAUAGAAAGCAAACUGACAUCAAAAACAGCGACUUUUAACAGUCAAAAGUAUUUGACAUCUAAAAAUUUAAUUGAUUUAAUGUUUGUCAAUAGUAUGUCAUAAGUUUUAAUCACAUUUUAUGAAUAUAGGCUUCACGACAAAGAAUAGUUAAGGUAUUUUCAGCUAUUGUUUCUUCUGUAUAAACAGCUCUAGAGAAUUUUCCUGGUAAUACAUGGAAAUAUAACUGCAGCUGUUACGAACUUUUUCUGAUUCUAACUUACGAAUUUCACUGCGAAUUAAUUUUGAACUUUAUAAAUUACGUUUUUUUUUCUCUUAUAACAUGUUAGUAAAGAAUAUUACUUAAAACCUUCUUGUGACAAGUAACUAAACUUAUAACAUGUUAAGUAAAGAAUAUUACUUAAAACCUUCUUGUGACAAGUAACUAAACUUAUAACAUGUUAAGUAAAAAAUAUUACUUAAAACCUUCUUGUGACAAGUAACUAAACUUAUAACAUGUUAGUAAAGAAUAUUACUUACAACCUUCUUGUGACAAGUAACUAAACUUAUAACAUGUUAGUAAAGAAUAUUACUUACAUCCUUCUUGUGACAAGUAACUAAACUUAUAACAUGUUAGUAAAGAAUAUUACUUACAACCUUUUUGUGACAAGUAACUAAACUUAUAACGUGACAAGUAACUAAACUUAUAACAUGUUAGUAAAGAACAUUACUUACAACCUUCUUGUGACAAGUAACUAAACUUAUAACAUGUUAGUAAAGAAUAUUACUUACAACCUUCUUGUGACAAGUAACUAAACUUAUAACGUGUUAGUAAAGAAUAUUACUUACAUCCUUCUUGUGACAAGUAACUAAACUUAUAACAUGUUAGUAAAGAAUAUUACUUACAACCUUCUUGUGACAAGUAACUAAACUUAUAACAUGUUAGUAAAGAACAUUACUUACAACCUUCUUGUGACAAGUAACUAAACUUAUAACAUGUUAGUAAAGUAUAUUACUUACAACCUUCUUGUGACAAGUAACUAAAUUUUAUUCAGUUAGUAUAGACAGUGAUAAAGUAAAAACAACAAUAUUUUAGUUUGUUACCACCUCUGUGACAAGUAACCAAACAAUUUUAUUCGGUCAGCAUUCACAGUGAUAAGUUAAAAAUACAUUUUAACUUGUUACCAUCUCCUUGUGUCAAGUGACUAAACAAUUGUAUUCGGUUAGCAUUCACAGUGAAUAGUUAAAAAAAACACACUUUAACUUGUUACCACCUCACUUGUGAUAAAUAGCUAAAUAAUUUAUUCGGUUAGCAUUCACAGUGAAUAGUUAAAAACACUUUAACUUGUUACCAUUUCCUUCUGAUAAAUAUUUAACAAUUUUAUUUGAUCAAAACAAUUGAUCUUUUGUAAGUACCCUUAAUGAUAAAAUACAAAACAGUUUUCAUUUAGUUGGUAAACACAGUAAUAUGUAAUUACUAAACAGUUGUUCUACUAGUAAGAAUGAUUAUUGAAAUAAAAUUUAAAUACAAGUACUAGUAAAGUUAGUUUAAGGCAGAUUGUAUCAGGAAAAGAUGGUGGAACAAUCACCAUCUAAUAUACAAAUAAAAAUUACGAAUUUCUGUCUUACUGUGCAUGCAGUCUAUAAGACGUCGAUAAAGGGAGCCAUUAAGUUCCUCUCGCUCUAGUUACCUACCAGAAUCAAUUAUUUAACAAAAGUGUCACAUGCACUUUUUGUGUGAAAGAUUUCUAUAAAUCAGAGCAUAUUGUGUAGAAAAAAAACUAAUAUUUUCCACUGGAAAGUCUGGUGAUACCUCAAGGAUACAACAUGCCUUAUAAAUAGUUAUGUGAGUAGCACUUGCAUCUGGAAUAAAAUGAUUCAGAAUUAUAGCAAAUAUUGAUUUGCUUUAAACACACUGAGAGUUCUAAAUUAAAGUUUUUGUCUUUGAUUGUGUUUUUUGUUUGAAAUAAACAUUAUUUCACUGUAUUGUACA